AUGAAGAAUUAGGUUAUGUAAAUUAUUAUAAAAUGUAUUCUAGUCCGUUAAAAAAAAAGUUCAAUCUCACUUUAAAUACUUCUAAAGGAACUCGAGCUUCAUUUUAAGAGCCAUGUACUUCAAAAUCUCCUUUUAGAUGUAAUACAGAUCAAAUAAUAAAAUGUAAUCAACUUGAAUAGGAAUUACAUAGAGCAAAUUAGCAAAGAAAAUUACUAGAAUUAUAAUUAGAUGAUUUAAAUAAUUAAUAUAUGAGAAAAUCAGCAGUUUUGCAUGAUUGUGAAAGGGAAAAUCUAUUAUUAAAACAGGAAAUUUAAGCAAUGAGCUAAUGGCAGGAAAUAUAAAAAUUAUAGUACAAUUAAAAGUAAUUAUUUAUUAAAAGCAGAUAGAAAAACAAGAGUUUAGAGCAUCAUAAAUUCAAAUUCUUUGAAAAAAAUUCUGAAUACGAAAACAUUUUAGGGGCUUAAAUAAAAAAAUAAUAAGAGUAAAAUGAAUCAAUGAAGUAACAACUAUUAGAAAUAAAAUUGCAAUAUAAAAUUAUAUAAGAUAGCUAUUAGGAAAUAAAAGAAGAAAGGCAUUCUAUUUAUUAAAAAUUGGUUGAAUCCUAAAUGCAAGGUGUUUAGAAGGAUGAAAAAAUUAAAAGUUUAGAAAAAGAAUACAAUGUUUUGUAAAAUCAAAUAUAAUAAUAAACAGAAAAAAACAAAAAUAUAUAAGAAUAAAUCAAAUAGUAUAAUAAUAUUUAAGAGAAAAAAUAAAAAUGGAAAUUACGAUAUAAAAAUUUUAAGAAUGAAAUAGAAUAUCAAUAAAUAAAAAGUAGGAAAUCGAGUGAUUCUUAAGAUUUAUAAGUAGUAUAAAAGCCAGAUCUGAUUGAAGAAUUAAAUGAUAUGAAGGAUAAAUUUUAGCAAUUAGAACUUGAAAACCAAUAUUUAAGAGAGUAAAAUAUUGAGAUGCAAACAUAACUUUAGCUAAACACAGAUAAGUUAUUGAAAUAACAAUUAUAAAAUUCUUUAUCAAAGGAACAAAGCUAAGCAUUUUCAUUUUAACAAUAUAAUCAAGAAUAUUAUUCAAAAUAAGAGGAACAUGAAUGA